UGGUCUGAAGCAAAACUAAAAUCUCAAACAGGAAACAGGAAGUACUCCGUAGGGAAGACUGUCCCAUUUCAGUACUACCAUCGCAGCCUACCCAUCCUUCCAAGGACACACCUUCGUAGACCGCGUCCUUCGAAGGAUGCAGCCCCUGAAUUAGGACACACACUGUGUAUAGCUGGACAGAGCAUCGUCUCUUAAAAGUGAAGCCACCACAGUUCGGGCGCCCCCUGCUGUUCAGUUGCAGAAAGCUGUGUAACCCCACCCAUCCCCAUAGGUUUUAAUGGCAAAACAGACAACUUUCAAUCACGUUUUCUUCCAAUAUACUGCAAUUCUACCUCCAUUAUUUAAAUUCAGAAGCUAUUUUAACCACUGCUUAUAUUGUCAGAUUUUUAUAUCCCCACAGAUAUUCAAAAAGGUGUGGUUAUUGUAUAAGGGCUGGUUAUGGGGGGGCCCAAUAACAGACAGUCAGCUCCGCUCCGCCCCGCUCUGCAGCCUGUGACCUCGAGGCAUUUAAAUGAGUAGGUCUUUAUCCCUCCUCUGGUCUCUACUGUGCAGACUCGGGUUUCAGGAUCGCCAACAUGGUGGAAGAUUUUGGCUUCAUUUCUUUGAAUGAAUGAAAACGGCGACACGGCAUCCAUCUUUUUUACAGUCUCUGGUUUAAAGUUACUGUACAUUUUUCUCUGUGUAGGAAAACUUUAAACUGUUUGAUGUAUAGAUUAAAAGUAAUUUAUAAAUUAAGCUAUAAUGAUUAUUAUUGUUAUUGUUUUGCAUAGCUUCCCAUCUAAAGUAAAUAAAACUGCUGAUGUUGAUGACUGAAAUUGAUUAUAAAAACACAAUCUUGAGCUGAUGUGUGGAGGAAGAACAGAGCAGAAAGUUCUUGUGAUUAAUAAGUAAAUUCCAGAUGUAUUUGCAGCUCUUAGUUACAGCCUGUAGAUGGCAGUGCUGUAAUAUAAUACUGCCCAGUUAACAGACGCCUGGGCAGUGUUGCCAACUUAGCGACUUUUCAGACCCUCUAGUGACUUUUUUUGUAAAAAAAAAAAAAAAAAAAAAAAAAUACAUUUCAAAUAAACACACUGCAAAUAAACUGUGCAUGCCCAAAACAGCUGCUGACUGACUCUGUCCCGUAUUUACAGAGCGAGAUGUAAAUAUAAAUACGUCUUCAGUGUGAUCCACCUUGUCCACAGUGUCUGCCUCUUUAUAAAAAGCUAGCUAUAAACAUCUAGCUAGCAAGCUCAUCGAACAACAGUUUGUCUGCAAUAGAUAUAGAAAUAAAGAAAACUUAAGGAAAUAACAGUUCCGACUAUCUGCUGCUCUUAUAAUAACAUUUAACAACACAACAAAAAACUGAUUCAUGUACUUUAUGUAAAAAUGAAGUUAUUUUGAGAAGUGACUGCCUAUUUAAAAAGCAACUAAAGUUGUUUAUUUGUAAACACAGGAUGUUUUUUACUCACUUUUUUAUCUGCCACAACCUUUACAGCUUCAAAAACAUGUGUUAUGCAAAUAGGUGUUGACAUCAUUUAGCGACUUCUAGCGACUUUUAGGACAGUGAGUAGCUACUUUCCUUUAAAUUGUCUUAAAUUUACUGAAAAAUUGCUGUAGGUAUCUAAUUUUCAGUUUAAUGCCGGUGUGAAAACACAGUGGGCCCGCCGUGAUCAUCUAAUCCGGAGAGAAAACCAAUGUUAUUCUCGUUAUUCUCGUUGUUCUCGUUAGCGUCUGUCAGGACGGCCGGUUUGAACUGGCUGGUGUUCAGUCGAGUUGUGCUAGCCAUCAAAAUGUGCCUCCGAAAGGCACUGCGCAUUUGAUUAUUUCUUAUGUUUUUUUUUUUAAAUAAUAAAUCAUUUUCAUUGUGCAUUAAACAACAGUGAAAAUUGAAAUGAAUAAUAAUAAAUACAAUAUAUAUACAUUUUUUAAAAUAAAAGCAAUGUAAUGUGUUGUAAAGACCUCUUAUUGCCAUAACUUUACCAUGAUACAGUGAUUUAUGGGGUCAAAAUAGACUCGCAAACAAAACGGAGGAAGGCAAAAGAGGAAAAGUACUGCAAAAGGAAAAAAGAACACAAAACGCAAAGAAAAAGUGGUGUUGCAAAAGAUAUUGCAAUGAAAAAAGGUAACUUAUGUUCUCUUCUUUACAAUAUCAGAUUAUUUUUGCAACUUUUUUUUGCAGUUUUCUCGUCACCUCAUCGUUUUUUCUAUUUUUUUAAAAGAUGAUGCUCACCGUGAUAUGACAUUAAAGUUAAUAAAACAUUAAUGUUAGGUUUUUUAGAAUACAUUGCUGCAACAAAAUUAAUAUAAAUCCAUUUUAUUUUCUUUAAAUAACAGUUUUAUUAAUUCAGUAGAAACAAAAAAAAAAUCGAGAAACAGUCUGUUUUGUAAUCAGCAGCGAGGCCAGCUAGCAAGCAUUGGUAGCCAAGCAUAGGCUGUUAGCAUUAGCAGCUAGCUAACGGCACGAAGACAGACUUGCGGUAGCUAGCUUUCUUGCGACUCUCAGCAACGAAACACACACUAGGAACAUUACACUAAGAAUAUUAUAAUAUAAAAGAGUGUGCAUAUAUUACACUGUGUCCUUCACGGGGCAGUGUUUAAUCAUAUUCAAUCAUACGUAACAAAGGACAUAACUUUACGGAUUUCUAAUUUAAUCAUGAAUUAAUAACGCUACUAUGCUAUUAUGAUGAUCAUAAUUGGGAUUUUUAUGUUUUUAUGAUCUACUUUAAUUUAGUGUCUAAUUUCCAGUUUUUCAAAUAAUAUAUUUGAUACUAUCUGAUAUUUGAUAGUAUUUGAAAGAUUUUAUUUAAAGAUCAUAAAUGAGAUGAGAUGCAGCUGCAGGACACACAGGCCUCUGCUUAAUAAAACUGGAGCAGAAUUAGCUGUGUGUGUAAGGGCAUGUGGUUAUGUGCAUAGGCCGCAGUGGGUAAGCAGGCUGUGGAGGUUCUUUGUGGAGGGGCAGCAGCACCCUGCCCUGGUCUGCAGUAUCCACCUCACAUAAUGACAGACCUCUCUCUCUCUCUUUCUGCUGGUGUGUGUGUGUAUGUGUGUGUGUGUUUGUCACCACCCCUGCAUGCUGAGAAUAUAAGCUGGAAUCAAGGUUUCCGGGGCUGCAGUAGAAGCAGAGUCCCCUCAGGCCAGCAGCAGGAUGGACAACGCCACGUACAGCUACUCGACCGACUGCACUCCUCUCACAAACUGCAAGUCAGCACGCAAACCGGCAGGAUCCACAGUGGUCAACAUGGGUGCAGCAGGAAAGAAGCCCCCCAGCGACUACCUGGUCUGGUCUCUCUGCAACACCCUGUACGUCAACUUCUGCUGCCUGGGAUUCAUGGCCCUCAUCUACUCCAUAAAGGCAAGGGACCAGAAAACGCUGGGAGACAUGCGUGCUGCUCAGGAGUGCUCAGACAAGGCCAAGUGGUACAACAUCCUGGCUUCAGGCUGGAACAUGCUGGUGCCCCUGCUGUUUCUGGGUCUGUUGGUACUCCUGCUUGUGCACCUGGGCAGCUCUGAGGGGACCUUCGACUUCUUUGGAGAGGACGGAUUUCAGAGCUUCAUGAAGCUGUUCGGCAGGUAGACUGGCCUACAGACAGACAGACAGAUAUGGAUCAGAACAACGGCGAGACAACUAAACAAUAACAGCCAUGGACUCAUUCAAUUCAGUUCAAUUGAAAUGUAUUUAUAUAGCGCUUUUUACAACAAAGCAGCUUUACAGAGAAAACAGGUCCAAGUCUCUGUUUCCAGCUCAUCACCCUCUGUGCCUCAACAAAUGUGUCUUUUUACUCUUCUUUUUUCAAUCUAAUUAUGAGUGUACUAUUGUAUUAUUGAUUUUGUAUUUUCAGAGUCUUGUAUUCUAUAUGAGAACCUUCCAACAGUUUCCAAAAAGACCCCCAAUCCCCACCCUUCCCUCCCACCAACCCCAUAUUCUUUAUUUGAAAUAAAUGUGACUUUUAGUGGAAUAAAAUAUUUAACUUCAGAAACAGCUUUGCUCUUAUGUCGGCGCGUUUUAAAAUGUGAAAAGUCUCUGCCAUAUUGGAAAUCUGUCCUUGGGUUCUCGUCUGUAGUGUGUAGAAUGUGUUUGUGACUGCCUUGUGUACAAUGGCUGAAGCACCCAUUCACGUAUGUUUCUAUGUAUGUGUGUGUAGCCUCCAACACUAUACUAGGAGACCACCAGAGAAGAGCAACAACCUGUCUUUUAUUGUUUUUUCAGUUUUUUUUUUUUGGUUUAACUGUACCUUUCAUUAAGCAGCUGUUGGAACUCUAUCAGGAAAUGUGAGGAACAUCGUACAGUGGAUAGUUUACAGUGUUCUUGUCAUGUUAUAAAGCCGUAAAGAUCACAUAAAGCUCUACUUUUUUCCUGGUUGAA